AUGCCUCAAUCAGAUGGCUUCGUGAGACCUUCGGGGUGCUGCCCCGAAGUCGUGGUAGCUGCGUCGGCGAAGUGCGUUCAUUGCAAGAACUUGAAGAAGGAGUACUUUGGGUCUCGCCCCCACCCCCUCCCGCCUGGCCAAGCGACCGGCGUCCCCUCUCCUUCCGUGUCAAAGCGGAGGGAGGAGAGGGUUGAAAAGACCGAGAAAGAGGAAGAGGAAGAGGACGAGUGGGAGAGAGAGAAGGAGAGGAGGGAGGCUCGCCUCCAAAAAUAUUACAAGGAGAAGGUAGAGGAGCGGGCGGCACAGGCCCGCGAGGAGAAGCUCGCCAAGAAGCGGGCAUAUGCCGCGGCAGCCGCCAAUACCAAGGCCAAUCCAUAUGCGACUAUAGGAAAUCACUACAAAAUGGCUCGCAAGUUGAUCAACCUCGAGUCUAAUAUGGAUCUUUCAAAUUUCCAAGCACCCUCCACAUUAGCCAAUUCCCCUGUUCAGGCCCCGCCUACAUCUAUUUCAGGGUCCACUAUGAGGCCUAUAGGCUUAUACACGCCGACUAAGAGCCGUCAUACGAUCGUGUCUUCCCUUCAAGCACAGAUCUAUUUGUCAUGGAGGAUACCGUCAGAGGUUGGCAUGGGGGAAAAGGCUCUUUGGUUGCGUCACGAUUUCCAGGAGGCUACUGGACAGGCAACCAAGUCUCAUUUUUACCGGCGCCAAUUUAUCGGGCGUUUGAACAGCAAGGGAAAGCAUAAGGACGGCACGAAGAGAAAGGAGAGAGUUCACUUAGUUCUCUUCAGUCGGAUAGUAGUUGGUGAUGUGAAGCGACUUAGCCAGGUUUUGCUCCACCUAAACAUGGCAUUGUUCACGGCGCUCGAGUUAUCGUCGUUAUUGGAAUCAUGGCCGAAGGCACAGAACAGCCCCAGUUAUCAGGCUGAUCAAGGAGAUUAUGGAGGAGGUGUGGCGCGGUCUCCGCAUCCAGAGAGGUGCCCUAGAGGCACCAGCAGAAGCGAACUUUGA